AUGGCCGCGCGACGCGUCCUCCAUCUCGCAGACAUCUCGACCGUCUCCGCGAGCCCAUCCCUGCUCAGCAGCAAAAUCUCGUUCCUGACCACCGACAUCACGCUUCUCGCGCUCGACGCCAUCGUCAACGCCGCAAACUCGACGCUCCUCGGCGGCGGCGGCGUCGACGGCGCGAUCCACAGACAAGCCGGGCCGCGUCUGCUGGAAGAGUGUCGGACUCUCGGCGGGUGUCGGACCGGCGACGCAAAGAUCACGGGGGGGUAUAACUGCCCCGCGAAGCACAUCAUCCACACCGUCGGCCCGGUGUACUUCCAGUACAGAAGCAAGGAGCACGCCGAGGACGAUCUCAGGAAGUGCUACAUGCGGUCGCUCGAGGUCGCGGUCGCGAACGGCGUGCGGACGAUUGCGUUUCCGUCGAUUAGCACCGGCGCUUACGGAUAUCCCAUCGCAGAAGCAGCACGCGUAGCACUACGCACCGUCCGCGGGUUUCUCGAACAAGACCGGGGGCGGAAUAUCGACCGCGUGGUGUUUGCGUUGUUUAGUAGUUCUGACGAGGAGGUUUACCGACGACUUCUGCCGACGUAUUUCCCGGCUGAGUAG